AUGGCUUCGAGUUCCGUUCCCUUCAGGGUCGGAGGACUUGCCGAGCUGCUUGUUGACGACUAUAGAAAGCUCGGCUUCGCACGUGGAUCGACCGUACAGGUCCUGGAGAUAGUCCCUGGCGGCCCCAUUGAAGGCGGGUGUCUUAUCAAAGUCGCCCUCGGCGGUAGUGGGAUUGUUGGCUACCAGGAACCGGACGGCCUGCGGGUCGUGCCAGCGCGCCCGGCCGCGGUCCCGGAUCCACCACUGGCGCAGCCACAGGUGUCAAGACCAGCCCAGGUGCAGCACCAGAACGCCCCAGCUGCGCAGGAGCCGCUUCUCCACUUCUUGGUCGAGUCUCGCUUGAUUUGCCUCCGACUCGUGAGUUCGUCGGAGCUGGGCCGGGUGGCUUACAACGUGGUGGACGCUAUGCUGCCGAUAGUUCGCCUGAGCCGAGAGGAUAUCAUGCAGGUUGACACCUACCAGGAUGAAUGCCCCAUUAUGGAGCAGCUCCACUCCAACGGCAUUUGGCGCUCGGAGAACUACUCCGCAGUCGCCUCGGUUAAGUGCCUCGACGGCAGCACGCUGCGUGCAGUGGGGCUCGGGUCGAACAGGAAGACAAGAGACAGGGCGGCGCACCUCUCCCUGGCGACAGCGCUGACCUUGGAGCUUCUGAAGGGCUGCCCUGCGGACUUGUUGGCGGCUGCCCACCAGGUAAUGCAGGAUUUCCCGGUGCUUGAGGCCCUUGUGAAGGAGGCCCGACAGAUCAAACAGCGCACCGAUGAAGAGCUGCCUCCGCCGAACGUCUGA